AUGUUUCAGCCUGGUCUCGUUCUGAUCCUUCUGGAUUUUGCACAAGCCCGAGUUAAAGAUGGAAUAGAUCACAUUUUAAACUUUUUAGUGAGAAUCGAGUUCUGCAGACUGGUCCAAGGGUCGUCGAGUUCUGCAGACUGGUCCAAGGGUCGUCGAGUUCUGCAGACUGGUCCAAGGGUCGUCGAGUUCUGCAGACUGGUCCAAGGGUCGUCGAGUUCUGCAGACUGGUCCAAGGGUUGUCGAGUUCUGCAGACUGGUCCAAGGGUCGUCGAGUUCUGCAGACUGGUCCAAGGGUCGUCGAGUUCUGCAGACUGGUCCAAGGGUUGUCGAGUUCUGCAGACUGGUCCAAGGGUCGUCGAGUUCUGCAGACUGGUCCAAGGGUACGGCCGCGCCUGCUCCGACAUCUGCCUCUGCACCAACAACGGCACGUGUAACCCCAUCGACGGGUCCUGCCAGUGCUUCCCGGGCUGGAUCGGAGACGACUGCUCUCAAGGCUUUCUUCCAUUUCUCCUCCGUCGUUGUUUCUCCACUAACUCCUUCCUCUCAUUCAUCAUCUUCAUCACCUCCGCCUGCCUCGUGUCUGCGGCUGAUCCUGUCCCUCUGGUCACUGGGGCCCUGACUGUACCUGUGUUUGUGUUUUUGGCCCCUGCAGCCUGUCCCUUAGGUCACUGGGGCCCCGAUUGCCUGAACUCCUGUAACUGUCACCACGGGGCCCAGUGCAGCGCGUAUGACGGGGAGUGCAGGUGCAGCGCGGGAUGGACGGGUCUCUACUGCACACAGCGAUGUCCGUCUGGGUUCCACGGUCGUGACUGCGCCGAGGUUUGCCGCUGCCAGAACGGGGCCGACUGCGACCACGUCUCCGGGCAGUGCACCUGCAGGACCGGCUUCAUCGGCAGCAGCUGCGAACAGAAGUGCCCAGCAGGGACCUUUGGCUCUGGGUGCCAGCAGCUCUGUGAGUGCCUGAACAAUGCCACCUGCGACUACGUGACCGGGACCUGUUACUGCAGCUCCGGCUACAAAGGAAUCCGCUGUGACCAAGCAGCUCUGAUGAUGGAGGAGCUGAACCCGUACACUAAGAUCAGUCCGGCUCGCAGCUCGGAGCGACAGUCCGCGGGCGCCGUGAUGGGCGUCAUCUUCCUCCUGCUCAUCGUCAUGGCGAUGCUCAGUCUGUUCGUGUGGUACCGACAGAGACAGAGAGACAAAGGCCAAGAGAUCCAGCCCAGUGUGUCCUACUCACAGGCCAUGCACAUGACCAACACUGACUACUCCCUCUCAGAAAGGUUAGCACUCAGCUCUCACAGUGAGAAGGUGUGGGUUCGAUUCCCAAGCAGGACGGGCAUUUGUUAG